GAUGGACAGAUCCAUCAUUCUUGCUUGCUCGCCAAUUGAUGGGCCGCGGGUGAGUGAGUAGCAGUCGGAGUGGAUCUAGCGAGGUGAGCGCGAGCUCGGGAUUUGUGGCUAGACCUAGGGCAUGGCGCAACGGAGCGAGGAGGAUGGGAAUGGCAGCGGCGCCGAGGAGUGCUUCCACGAGGCGGAGGAGGCGCAAGGCGAGGAGGUGGAGAGGCUGUACCAGAGAGUCCAGAUGAUGGAGAAUGUGAUUGUGGAUAUCUUCGGCACUGUCUCGGCGCUCAAGAACGCCUACAUCCAGCUCCAGUCGGCGCACUCUCCCUACAAUGCGGAUAAGCUGCGCUCCGCCGACAGGUUGGUCAUUGGCGAGCUGCGCAGGCUCUCGGAGAUCAAACACAUGCUCAAGGGGAGGAGCCGGGGUGGUGGUGGUGGUGGCGGCGGGGGUCACUACCUCCUCCACCAAGCUGCCGCCGCCUCCGCCAACAGCAACGAUCGCAAGCUUGUGGAGGAGCUCCAGGCGGGCCUCAAGGAGAAGCAGUCCAUCAUCGAUUCCUACGACAGCCGCAUGCAAGCUUGCGAGAAGGAGCUGGCGGAGCAGCACGAGGAGAUGGAGCGCCUCAAGGAGUCGCUCAGGCGGGCGACGAGCAAGAAGGAGAAGCUGGAGAGGCGGCUCAACGAGCUCCCUCGAGGUGGUGGAGGUGGCGGCGGUGCGGGCAUGAUGAACGGCAACGUCUCGCUUGCUCCCCCGCUCUUCGAGCAGAUGGCUCAAGCUGCUCGCGGCGAGGCGUUUAGCUUCGCAAAGAUGUUCAUCGGACUGCUCAAGAAUGCCGACUGGGACCUGGAGGCCGCCGCAAACUCGAUCCAGCCGGGCGCCGUCUACGCCAGGCCAAUCCACACCAGGUUUGCAUUCGAGUCCUACGUCUGCCAGAGGAUGUUCAAUGGCUUCGAGAACGAAAACUUUUAUCUCAGCGGCAGCUUGUCGUCCAUCCUCGACCCCGGCAAGCACCGCCACGACUGCUUCUUGCAGUUCCAGGACAUGCGCUCCAUCGAUCCGCUGGAGCUCGUCUCCACCACGCCCGACUGCCUCUUUGGCAAGUUCUGCCUGCGGAAGUACCUCCAGAUCGUGCACGAGAAGAUGGAGGAGUCCUUCUUCGGGCAUCUGCAACACAGGAACCAGGUGCUGGGCGGCGAGCACCCGAGCAGCCAGUUUUAUCACAGGUUCUUGGAGCUGGCCAAGAGCGUGUGGCUGCUCCAUCGCCUCGCCUUCUCCUUCAACCCCACCGCCAGCAUCUUCCAGGUGAAGAAGGACACGAGUUUCCAGAGCGAGUUCAUGGAGAGCGUUGUGGAUCUCGAAGGUGGCGGGGGCGGGGACUUGCACACGGUGGGAUUCACUGUCAUGCCUGGCUUCCGCCUGGAGAACGCAGUCAUCAAAUGCCUGGUGUAUCUAAAUCAAGGGGGAGGAGGCAGCGGAGGCGGAGGAGAUUAAAUUCUAGUCAUCAAUAUACCCCAUUCAUUGUCUAGACGUUUAUCCUCGGAAGAAAAAACUAUAGAAGCUGUAAGUUCUAAGUGUGAUGAAAGAAACGACACAUUUUUUU